GCCAAACCUAAAGCUGCCAAUAUAAGAAGAAAAAUUUUAUGGUAUUAUGAGGACUUCUGCACCAUAUACUCUAUAGAUCGAGCUACUGGGCAUACUGGAAUGGAGUGCGAAGAUAUGCUUGGAGAUAUGGGGUUUUAUUCGAGUGUUCAAACAGUCACGGAAGAGAUAGAUGACUCCACAAUUUAUGGUGUUGACAAACGAAACUCAUCAAAGAGAAAAGGAAUGUCUGAUAACACAGCACAAGCAAGUCAUUGUAAGAAGAAGCUUAAGCCUGGACCAAACAUUGAUACAUUUUCAGCUUGUAUGGAGGCAGCUUCUAUCCGACUAGAAAAAGCAGGCUUGGAGAUGUCAAGAGUAGAGAUAGACAUAGCAGAUAAAACAUCACAUCUCCCAACUGCACUAGAUCAGCUCUAAGGUAUGACUAGAGGGAUGAAAUAUAAGCUGAUGGAAAAAAUGGGAAAAACUCAGAGCGAGUUGUUGAUCUUUUAUGGGCUACCUUAUGCAGAGAAGAUGGAUUGGUGCCAGUGGUAUUUGACGGACAAAUGAAAUGUGAUUUAUCAUGUAUUUUUUUG